AUGACGAACGAAACCGACGAACAGCCGCCUGUGUCCGGUCUCAGCAGAGAGGCACUCGGACCGCACGACAUCAAUGAAGAGGGGUCCGACAUGACGCGCGACAUUUUCUUUGCCAUCCUCAAGGACACGCAGGACGGACCGCCACGUCCAAAGUCGUUGCCCGACCAGAGUGAGAUCCUUCACGAAGACGUUGGCAAAGCGUCGGACAUUGCCCAACCGGGAGGAUUCCGUCGCGACCACGUGAUCGCAAACCUCGAAGGCGACAGUCCACAGGUGCCUUCGUGCGUGCAGGACUCUUUUCUCGAGUCGAUUCAGCCCACGAGAGGAUUCCUGCAGUCAGCGUACGGUGACUUUAUCGUGGCCAGUCUUGACCUGGUAGCUGACGAUGGCGAUUCAGACGAAACCACCACGCCGCUCUUGAGCCGUGCAUGGAAACGCAGACCCGAGAAGCAGCAGCCUGGUGCGACAGUUGGUAAGACGGUGUUUACGAUCCUCAAAUCGUUUAUCGGCAGCGGUAUCCUGUUUUUACCCAAGGGGUUCCAGAAUGGAGGAAUGCUCUUCUCGCUCGGAGCACUCAGCGUCUCGGCAAUAUUGUCGACAUUUUGUAUGUUGCGCCUGACUGACUGUUCCAAUUUCGUGCAACGUGAACGCGGUCACAUAAACGUAUCAUACGGUCUCGUUGGUGAAAAAGCGUUUGGCAAAAUGGGCCGCGUGGCCGUGAAUAUCUCGCUCGUGCUCUCGCAGCUUGGAUUCUGCUGCUCGUACUUGAUUUUUGUGGAAAAGAAUAUUGGCGAGGUCAUUUUGGCUGCGUUUGGCAUCCAGAGAACGACUGCAUCUUCGUCAUUGACGCUCAUUGUGCUCCAAAUCUUGCUCUAUACGCCGCUGUCGUGGGUGCGUCGCAUCGAAUACUUUGCGCUGACAAACCUGUUUGCCGAUCUCCUCAUCCUGUUUGGCAUCGCGUACAUCAUAUCUUACACGGUACAAACGCUCGAUGAUGCGAUACCUGACAGUAGUACGUGGGAAAACUUCAACUCAAAGAGUUGGGCCAUGCUGCUGGGUACUGCCGUGUAUUGCUUCGAAGGCAUUGGACUGGUGUUGCCGAUCUAUGACGCCAUGGAUCACGAUACGAAGCACAAGUUCCCUCGCAUUCUUGCGUACACGAUGAUGUUCCUCGUGACUCUCUUCUCGGUGUUUGCUGGGCUCGUGUAUGCCGCAUUUGGUCAAAACACACAGUCCGUUGUCACAAUGAACCUGCCUAGUGCUCAAGUCAGUGUCGCUACCAUGUCGGUUCAAAUCACGUACUCGGUUGCUCUGGUGCUUACGUACCCGCUCAUGCUCUACCCGGUGAUCAAGAUAUUAGAAGGCUACCUCUUUCCUAGCCACAGCCAGAAGGGUUACUGGCGCUGGGAGAAGAACGGCUUUCGGUUUGCGUUAGUCUGCCUCACUGCUGCUGUCGCUUAUUACGGAAAAGAAGAGCUCGAUAACUUUGUGGCACUUAUCGGCGGAUUCUGCUCCGUGCCGCUGGCUUUUAUCUACCCGUGCCUGUUUCACUCAAAACUCUUGGAGGAAGGCCGCACCUUGAACAACAUCAUCAUUGGAAUCGGCAUCUUCACGAUGAUAUUCGCAACCUACCAGGCCUUGUCAACGUGGAACUAG